GACCCGGAAGAACUUUUCCCUCGUAAGAAACAUUUCAAAGUAGUCUUAACGUUACGCAGUUUCUUACACUCGUCUCUUCUGUGUAGCUAAAAAGUAGUGCAUAAUGAAGCGAAACCUAUUUACAUUUUUGUGCAUAACCAGAAGUACAUUGUAAAUAUUCGCUGGCAAAAUGUAGCGAGGUAUCUGCCGUUUUUGCUAUUGGGCUAUUGGAGCAGAUAUCUGGAUGUCUGGCCGCAUGUCUUCAUUCAAACACAGCCUGCAUGAUGAACAGGCGGCUUGUGCAUGAUCGGCUGUGACAGGAAUGUAUAGUAGUUACCCUCCUCAGAAGUGUCACGAACGUUCUGGCACCUAGAAGUGUCAAGUUAAGAUAGCUGAGUAGCUAUCGAACCUGGACCGUUAGGGCAAUGGGUGCCCUGCGUUUGUUUACCAGCAUCAUGGGGAGGAUCAGCACUUUUAGAUCUUACCAAAUCGUCCUCCUGCUCGCCGCUGCCUUGGCAGUUGUUGCAUUCUAUUAUUUCGGAUCAGAGAGACAGAAUUUCUCCAGCACCACCAAGCGCAUCAAACAGACCCAGGCAAGCCACAACUCCAAUCGCAACGAUGCUGACCUGUCACUGGACACCAGGUUGUUGCAUGAAGAGGAAAAAGUGGGGGCAGCUGGGGAAGGAGAGGAAGGUCGGCCUAGGAGGACGCAUAGCCAGACUGAGGGGAUGCAGCGUUACCAUGCCCUGAUGAUGUUUACUAAGGUGGACAAGAGCAGGGGCCUUCAGGCCAAGUUCCAGGUGGCGAUGCUUUCGAUGGCCAAACAUGGGCGUUUUCUGGAAGAGGAGGUAUUAGUGCUCCACUUUGUGAGUGACGAGGCGAGUCGGGAACUAGGCAAGCAAUUGCUGCCUGAGCUGCUGCUGGAUGCUUCUUUUAAGUAUGAGGUGGUGUUCCAUGAUGUGGCAGUCCUGACGGAGAAGCUCUUCCCCAUCGUGGAGGCGAUGCAGAAGCACUUCAGUGCAGGCUCUGGGGCCUACUACAGCGACUCCAUCUUCUUCCUGUCGGUGGCCAUGCAUCGGAUCAUGCCAGCAGAUAUGAAGCGUAUUGUGCAGCUGGAUUUGGACCUGAAGUAUCGGUGCAACAUCAGAGACCUCUUCCAGGAGUUCAACCAGUUCCAACCAGAAGCUGUUAUUGGAAUUGCACGGGAAAUGCAGCCUGUGUACAGGUAAACACAAGACAGACACAGACUCAGUUACACCAGCAGGCAGACAUUUAGGAUGAAGUAUGGUUGAAUGAUUAUGACAGAAAGUACUUCAAAAUGUACUUUGAAUCCAGGUGUAGAUUAUACUUUGGGUAUAGUUUGGAUGCCACACAGUGUUUAAAUAAAAAAAUAUCUAAAGACACAGUGUUCACAAAAAUGGCAAAGAAAAGGCAGAGAAAAUCCGACUUUGAAAGUCCUUAAAGUGACUGCUGCCUGCUGUCAUUUCUGAUUUGUUUUUCUGUACCCAACCAAUGCACACACACACACACACACA